GUCUACAGGGCCCAUCCAUCCCUGGUGCAUCUGUGGCUGUGCAGGUACUUUCCAUUGUUUGCCUGGGGUUCCGUAAGGGGCGGUAUCAAUGGUACCUUGUACCGGAGGGUCGUAUUCGGUACCACCCCGUCUGACGGUCACAACUGGGUUUUUCAGAACCAAAGUUCACGCUCCUCUUUCUUUUCUCCCAUCUUCUUUUCCCGAUCGAUCGCCUCCAAAGUCCGUUGUUCAACCGUUCGUUCAUUUUCCCUUCAUUUCGCUCGUCUCCAGUCCUUUCAACCCCGCCUCUCUUUCUCUUCCCUCUUUUCAUUGCUUUAUUUACCUGGUCUGCCUCGAUCGCCUUGUGAUCAAUUACUGUCAGAGAUAACUCUUAUCACAAGACAGAGACACUGAAAAGUGACUGUGUGUGAGUGACUUGUGUGGUUGGAUUCCGGGCGUCAGCACCGUCUCCUACUACUAUUGUUGCUGCUGCUGCUGCUGCUACUACUACUUCCUUAGUACCUUCUGUUAAGCGUCGGUCUUAAAGUAGUGCCCGGGUCACGGCUUUAUCAAUGUCCCCUGCAGGUGUGACUUGGUAAUAUUGGGUACCCGCCAACUGCCAGCCCUCGUGUGCAUGAGUGACUGAGCGAGUCUGUUUGUCUGCUGCGUCUUGCACUCUCUCAGCACCGCUACUCCAACACUACCACUGCCAGCGUCAUCUUAUUCACUC